UUUUUAGGAAAAAGAGAUUUUAAAAACCUUAUAUAGAGUUCCUUACACAUUUCUCACCAUGGAAAUAGCUAUAGAAGCUGGCAUGGCGUUAAAAAACAACCAGACAAGCCAACAAAUCCAUUUAUUAUUUAUAUUAUUGUUGUUUUAUUUUAUUGUUCAGCCCUUCUAUCUGUCAGCUGACAACACUGAAGGGAACACUUAAAGCCAUAAACUGUAGACAUUUCAUGCUACCUAGAACCUAAAGGUCUAACAUAGACAACUAAAACUAACAAGUGAGUUUAGAUUAAUAAUUCAUGCACAAUAGUUUGUAUAACAAGGUUUUAAUAAAGUGUUGUUUGCACAUGAUCACAACUAAUUUUCACAUAAUACUCAACGUUACACAGUAAGUUGUUUGCAGGUGUUUAUAAAUAAAGGCUAAUAGAUACCGAACAAACCAUUUAGUGUAACAUGUACCAACACAGGUCUGCUAUCACUUUUUGACCUUUCUCCUUCUGAUGCCCUUCACAAUUCCUCGUAAACCCAACCUGAUCCCAGAUCAGCACACAUCUCGGCAUCCUGUUAUUAGCAGGACUGAAGGCUGACAUUGGGAGUGACCCCAGUUGCAUGUGGUGGCUGCAGGCUCUUCAGCUUGGGUGGGGUGAGCGGGGAUGGACAGAUAUGGGACAGGGAGAUAAGCAAGAGGAGAGUCCUAUCAGAGCCACACCAGAACGCACCGACGCUGGCACUGCAAUUUUAUCUGCUUUCUUAAAUCGCUGAACGUUUUCCAUGAAACAGAGUUUGCUUACAUGACCAUGAGUGGACAUGACGAUGCAGAGAGUAGGACAUGGUCAUCUUAACUCUUAGACUUGUACUCUUAAUAAUUUGAUUCUGUAGCAGGUCUAAAUUAAACCUUUCUUAGGUGAGUUGAAAAAUAUCUUCAAGGUUAUUCCAGAAAUCAAUUUACAUAUCUGAUAAAGUUAACUGACCGCGUCAUAGUUUCAGAAUCCUCAGUUCCAUACUGAAUUUGAGUUACUGUUGGUAUGGAGUUUCUCCUUGCGUUUGCAUGGGUUUCCUCUGGAUUGUCUGUUUUCUUCCCACUAUUCAAAAACAUGCAUGUGGACUGAUUUGGCGAUGUUAAAUUGCUGUAUAUGGGAAUAUGUAUUCAUGGGGACUUGUGAUGGACUGGCAUCCCACCCAGGUGGAAGGGGAGAUUCCCCGUCCUUACGUCCAGUGUCCCGAGAAUAGGCUCUGGAUCCACCAUUACCCUUUUCUAUUGUAUAUUAAGGACAGUUGUCUAGUUCAUUGAGAUUACAGUGAACAAUGGCAGGACGUGUUAUAGAGUAUACUAUACUGAAUUAGAGUUACAUUUCCUUAAAUAAUUAAACAAUGCCCUAAACUAACAUUUUAAAGCAGAAAAUCAUAAUAAUUAUUGUAAAUGUAAAUACAGUAAUCUGGUAGUCUUUUGGUGUCGGUCCCAGAUCAGUCUUCAACAUUAAGUUUAAUUUGACUCUAAACACCAGCACAUGACUUUAGGGUUUCCUGUAAAUGAUCUUUCUUACAGUAAUUACUUGGGAUUUAAGAGCAUACAAGGUCAAAUUUUUGAUAUUUUAAUAUCUCACCUGCUGCUGUUGGUCACCGUCUUGUCCUCACCUUCCAAUGGCAAGUUUUAUUGCUUGUGAAUAAACUAUGAGGAGUUUGACAUGGUAGAUCAAUGUCUUUGACAUGGUUAAGUUUGCCAGAGACAACAAGGUGGAGAAACAUUCUUGUGUUCAAGUGUCACUAGUCACACUUCCUACCAUUUACAAGCAUUUCUUGUAGGCGUUCUGUCUAGGCUUGGUCAAUAAAGGGGUUUUUGGUGGAAGUUGCCAUUUGCUGUUGGUCCCUUUACCAUUAUCUUGAUGUCGGGCACAGAAUGCAUAAAGCUAGGACUUGGCCUAAGAAGGCUGAUCUGAGAUCAGGCCAAAAGGACAUGUUUUACCCAGCACUAAUAAAGUGCCAUGGACAGCACCUAGCUUCCUGCAGUAAUAAGGGGACAAACUGCUUGGGUGAUUAGCACCUCAUGAGGCAUUUCAGGGGGCUGAGGAGACCCUUAAGCUUCUGAAGUGAGAUUCCCCCCCUUCUCCCUAAAAACAAGAAAGUGGAUUUCCCAGACACCUCAAUGACCAGGACAAGGCCCAAACUGUGAAACGAGAUGGCAGAUCAAAGAGGCUGUAGCCAACAUACACACCUUUUUCCCCAUGAGAAGAGGGUGGGUGUCCACCUGGGAAGAGCUUCACGUCACAUCACAUCACAUAUCCAAAGCUGACUGCUUCACUCAGAAUCCAGAGUGGUCAGAGACUCCAGCUUCAAAGCCAUGUAUGUCCACAAGGACUACCCUUAUCCAGUCAAUCCCCUGACCAAGAGCUAUGGAUAUUAUUCACAAGGAGAGAUGAAUUCGGUUUGCCGGGCAAGCUGUGGAGAAGCAGAGUUGAUGUCACUUCCAGUUCAUGUGGCACUUCAGGGGCGAGAACUGUGGGACAAAUUUAACACCAUUGGCACUGAGAUGCUCAUCACUAAAACGGGCAGACGCAUGUUUCCCAGCUGCAGAGUCACAGUGAUGGGGCUGAACCCCAAAGUCAAGUAUGUGCUGAUGAUGGACAUGGUGCCGUUUGAUAAUAACAAGUACAAGUGGAACAGGGAUCACUGGGAGGUGAAUGGCAAGUCCGAGCCCCACCUGCCAAACCGCUUCUUCAUCCACCCGGACUCACCCGCUUUGGGAGAAAGGUGGAUGCAGUAUCCUAUCUCCUUCCAUAAACUUAAGCUCACCAACAACACACUCAACUCUAAAGGCCUGGUGGUGCUUCAUUCCAUGCACAAAUACCAGCCUCGUCUACACAUAGUGCAGGCUCCAGACCCCUGUGGAGGUCACAGCGGUGGAUACCUGCGAUUUACCUUCCCAGAGGCAGCUUUCAUAGCAGUCACAUCCUACCAGAACCAAGAGAUCACCAAGCUGAAGAUUGACAACAACCCCUUUGCCAAAGGCUUUCGUGACAAUGGACUCAGCAGGAAAAGGUUUCGAGACAAGGAUAUGUGUCAGAGGUCAGUGUCAGGGCAGCAACAGAACAGGACACAAAAUCAUCAAGCAAGUCUAUUGGACACGGAUGAUGAGGAAGAUGAGCAAGUCUCCAGCUCAGUGGAAUCCAGUGGUGCACUGUGCCUACCGGACAUGAAAGCUGCAUCCCUGCCCGUCUCCAACCCUUUCUUAUCAGUAUUUAUCAGUUGUGGAGGAGCUGGAUUGGCCUGUGGCCAGGAGGGAUUGAGCCAGAGCACCAUUUCCCAUCAAUCCCCACAUAUACUCAACAGCAAGAACAGAGACUCCAGGAGGCCUGAUGACAAUCUCCAAUACAUGUGUGCCUCUUUGCCACAAGCCCACAUCCCCCGAACCCCGAUGCCGCAGCAGCAGACAUGUCACCCAGACACCCAGACCCCAGCCGUACACCAGAAUUACUCAGCCCAAGCCAAACUCCACCAAUCCCUCCGUCUACCACCCAAACUCAGCCGAAUGCAGCUGCCUGAGAGUGUCUUUACGAGCCUGGAUUCGAAUCCAAAGCCCCUGUCUGACAUUUUCAACACAAUCCAGGCACGAGUGGUGGCCAAGGAUUUACAAAUUAAUCCCCAACAUGAGCAGAUGGCCUCAGGCUCUCAUAGGGAAGCGAAAGCCCAAAUUUUCCCAGCUGUCCAGGACUGUGGUGCAGCAUUUUGCACUGAACAAGACACUGGCCAUACAACGGAGUGGCCAGUUUUCAAUGGGAACCCAGGUCAGAGUAGCACUGAGCCCAGAUCAGUGGCAUUUUCACAGCUGGGGGAAUACGCUGGAGAAAGUGCUGCUGGGAAAUAAAGAAAGUUAAGGUCUCAGAUAAAAGAUAAAACAUCAACAUUCUUUCUCUGAGCAUUAUAAAAGAU